AUUGCUCGAAUCCCCAUCAAAAUGUCUUGCAUUACUACGCCAGCCAUCCCUCCGGUGGCACUUGACUCAAUCACUCAGCACAUUGGCAACACGCCCCUUGUGCGCUUGAAUAGACUUCCACGUAGCCUUGGGAUUGAGGCAACUGUCUAUGCGAAAUUAGAAUACUUCAAUGCUGGAGGGAGUGUGAAAGAUAGGAUUGCUCUGCGCAUGAUCGAAGAGGCCGAACGAUCGGGGCGCAUAAAGCCUGGUGAUACUCUCAUCGAACCCACUAGCGGUAACACUGGAAUUGGCUUGGCGCUCGUCGGCGCUGUAAAGGGGUACAAGACCAUAAUUACCCUCCCGGAGAAGAUGUCAGCUGAGAAGGUGGCCGUAUUGAAAGCGUUGAAUGCAACUAUCAUCCGUACUCCUAAUGAAGCCGCGUACGAUUCGCCGGAAUCUCACAUCGGUGUCGCCAAGCGUCUUGAGAAGGAACUCCCGAAUGCGCAUAUCCUGGACCAAUAUGGGAACGAGAAUAACCCGCUGGCCCACGAAUUGGGCACUGCGGAAGAAGUCUGGACGCAGACUAAGGGUCAAAUCAAGGCCAUUGUCGCCGGCGCAGGAACUGGUGGAACAAUCACUGGACUGUCUCGGGGCCUGAAGAAGCAUAACCCCGGUAUCAAGGUGAUUGCAGCUGAUCCUCAUGGUUCCAUCUUAGCGUUGCCGCCCUCGUUAAACGAAGACCAUGUAAACGAACCAUACAAAGUCGAGGGAAUUGGGUAUGAUUUCAUUCCCCAAGUGCUCGACCAGCAAGCCGUGGACCAGUGGUACAAAACUGGAGAUAAAGAUUCAUUCCAGUACGCCCGGCGGUUAAUUGCUGAAGAGGGCCUCCUUGUAGGAGGAAGUAGUGGAAGCGCCAUAUCGGCUCUGGCGCAAGCGGCGAAGGACUACCACUUCGGGAAAGAAGAUGUGAUUGUUGUCAUUUUGCCCGACAGCAUCAGAAGCUAUUUAACUAAGUUUGCUGACGACGACUGGCUUGCUGCUAAUGGACUUCUGACAUCGCCCCCGGUCGAAGCUGCGGACGUGCCCUCGACACUGCAGUCCCAUGAACAAAGGGAUGCCUUCGCUGGAUCAAAGGUCAAGUCGCUGAGGUUAAAGCCCAUCACAACUGUCCAGUCAAAUAUUCCUUGUGAAACUGCCAUCGAAAUUAUGCGAGAUCGCGGAUUCGACCAACUGCCAGUGCUUGCACCUUCCGGCAAGAAGCUCGUAGGACUAGUGACUCUAGGGAAUGUUCUCAGUCGACUCACUCAUGGACGUGCUACUGGGAAGAGCCCUGUGUCAGAUGUUAUGUUUAACUUCAGUAAAAUCUCCGAGGUAGUCACUGACCCAAGAGAUAUGGGUUUGACUAGUUCCACGCCGGAUAGCUCGGAGCCCCGGAUUAAAGACCGGAAAUUUGUGGAGAUCACUAUGGACACACCGCUCAGCGUAUUGAAUCGGUUCUUUGAAUGGAACAGUGCUGCGGUAGUUACUGAAAGGGACGAACAUGGAGUGAUGAGACCAGUGGCAGUUGCAACAAAGGUCGAUCUACUUACGUGGAUGCUUCAUCAUAAGGACGAAUCGGCCUAA